AUGGCAUCACGAGUUAGCCUGAUUCUGGACUUCAUUCCCAGGCUGGUACCAGUACAUGUACAGUCAGACAGGCACCAUGCACGGCUUCAUAGACCACCUCUCACUUCUAACGUGUCCAACUUCAGACCCGGCAACGCCCCCACCUCCUCAUACCUCCCUGAGACCAGCGUCUGCAGGUAUAAGGACUACAGAGAGCCUCCAUGGUCAGCUGAAGCCUACCAGUUCUCUAAAACCUACUGGGCCGUCCUUGCUGCCAGACUGGCCUUCGUCAUCCUGUUCCAGAACCUGGUGAUGUUCCUGAGCCUGCUGGUUGCCUGGGUGAUCCCAGACGUACCGAAGAACAUCAGUGAGCAGCUGAAGAGAGAGAAGACUCUGCUGGUGGACGUGUUCCUCCGGGAGGAGAAGGACAAGUUCCACCUCCUCCAGAGCCUCUUCUCCUCCAAGGACCAGCCCAGCCAGGGUCACCCCAACACGGCCCACUUCCGUACUCUACCCCUAGGCCUCUCUCAGGGCCUAGGCCAGCCCCCGGGCGGAGAGGGAGGGGAAUCCCGGGCGAGAUGCAGGGCUGCCAGUUUCAGCCAGUUCACCAGACAGAUGUCCAUGUCUCCUAGCAACAACGCAGGCCGACAGAUGUCCAUGUCUCCUAGCAACGACGCAGCCCGACACACAGCGGUCUGACACGCUACUGUAGCGGUUGGAUACAAACGUUCUUUAUCCCCACAGGAGAAGUUCAGACGCUAGUGUGGUAGCUACAUGGAGUCCGAAUGCUCCUCUGAGAUUCUCUCACCCAUGUAGACUUGGUGUUCUCUUUCUGAAGCAGUGUGAUGAUGGAACAUACCGAUCAUGGACUUGUUCUUCUGGCCGCGAUAAUCUACUUAUUCUUGACCAUUGUAUGAUAAUCUGCAUGAUGAGAAGUGACUGUAUAGUUAGUUCCCUUAAGGAAAAACACCUUCAGCCUGACGGUCUUCUCUGAGAGAGCUUUCCCAUGUCUGGAACACACGUGGAGCUGCUGUUUACCUUCACCAAUAACCUAAAGACAUGGCCAACGGACAGUCAGGUGUGUCAACACCAUCCCUCAGCUGUGUAGACCUGCUUUCCAUGCUGUCUGCUAUACAGUCUGGUGUGUCAACACCAUCCCUCAGCUGUGUAGACCUGCUUUCCAUGCUGUCUGCUAUACAGUCAGGUGUGUCAACACCAUCCCCUAGCUGUGUAGACCUGCUUUCCAUGCUGUCUGCUAUACAGUCUGGUGUGUCAACACCAUCCCUCAGCUGUGUAGACCUGCUUUCCAUGCUGUCUGCUAUACAGUCUGGUGUGUCAACACCAUCCCUCAGCUGUGUAGACCUGCUUUCCAUGCUGUCUGCUAUACAGUCAGGUGUGUCAACACCAUCCCCCAGCUGUGUAGACCUGCUUUCCAUGCUGUCUGCUAUACAGUCUGGUGUGUCAACACCAUCCCCCAGCUGUGUAGACCUGCUUUCCAUGCUGUCUGCUAUACAGUCAGGUGUGUCAACACCAUCCCCUUGCUGUGUAGACCUGCUUUCCAUG